UCUUUUAUUUAGCUUUUAAGGGGUUUCUUAAAGUCAUGAAAGAAGAAGUAGGCUCAUUAAAAACCUUAGCCUCUACUGAUGGAACUCCAUCCUCACCUUUACUUCGAAGAACUGCAAAUUAUCAGCCAAGCUUAUGGGAUGGUUGUUAUAUUCAAUCACUCCCUGAUGGCACUCUGGAUGUCGAACAAUUUGGUCUAUGGGGGAAGUUAAAAGAAGAAGUGAGACAUUUGAUUAAUCACAACAAACAAAAGGAUAUUUUUGAGAAGCUUGAAGUUGUUGAUGCCUUGUGUAGGCUUGGGAUUUCAUAUCAUUUUGAAUGGGAGAUCAAGAGCAUGUUGAGUUUGAUAGCUUCAUCAAUGGGAAGCUUAAGAGAUAUUUUACAUAAUAACCUUGAUGGCUCUGCCUUACUCUUUAGGCUUCUAAGAGAAUAUGGAAUUAGAGUCCCAAAUCCAAGUGAAGAUUUUCUGAUUAAGUGCUUCAAAAAUGAGAGUGGAAGCCUCAAAGUUAACAUUAUUAAUGACGUGAAGGGAAUGUUAAGCCUAUAUGAGGCUUCAUAUCUUGCUAAUGAUGAUGAGGAUGAAUUAGAUGAAGCCAAGAAAUUUACUAAUAAAAAUUUAAGUAUUUACCUCAAGGAACCAGUACUUAUUAAUCAUUCAUUGGUUGAACAAAUACGUCAUGCAUUGGAGCUCCCAUUGCAUUGGAGAAUGCCAAGGCUGCACACUAGGUGGUUUAUUGAUGCUUAUGGGAAGCAAGAGAAAAUGAAUCCCCACUUGCUUAAGUUGGCUAAACUAGAUUUCAAUAUGUUACAAAGUAUCUACAAAAAGGAACUCAAGGAGAUGUCUAGGUGGUGGAAGAGCCUCGGUCUUGCUGGGGGUGACUUUAGUUUUGCAAGGGAUAGAUUGAUGGAGAAUUAUUUUUGGUCCAUGGGAUGUACAUUUGAGCCACAUUUUUGGAGAUGUAGGAAAGAAAUUACCAAAAUAGGCAGUUUUCUUACAACCAUUGAUGAUAUUUAUGAUAUAUAUGGAUCAUUAGAAGAGCUCAUGAUCUUUACCGAUGUUGUUAAUGAAUGGAAGACCACUGGAAAUGAAAAGCUCCCAAAUAACAUGAAGAAAACCUUAUCUGCACUUUUCAAUACAAUGAAUGAUAUCGCAGCUGUCACUUUAGCAGAAAGAGGAUUAGACAUUCUUCCACGACUAAAACGACUAUGGAGAGAUCAAUGCAAAGCAUAUUUAGUUGAAGCAAUAUGGUAUCAUACAAGAUACACUCCCACAUUCAAUGAGUACAUGGAAAAUGCUUGGAUAACAAUUGGUGUGCCUUUGUUGCUAACUUGUGCAUAUUGUUUAAGUGAAGACUUGACAUUAGAAGCUCUAAACUGUCUGGAUUUCUAUCCUAAAGUUACUCGAUAUUCAUCAAUGAUUACUCGGUUGUAUGAUGACUUGGCCACAUCAACUGUAAGUAAAUCAAUAUUAUUCAUUAGUAUAUAUUCACAACAUGCAUCAUUAAUCAACUUUGUUUCUGACAUUUUGAUUCAGGAUGAGCUUCAAAGGGGGGACGUACCGAAAUCAAUUCAAUGUUACAUGAUGGAGGCAAAUGUUUCAGAAUCUGUGGCAAGAGAACAUAUGAAAUAUUUAAUUGAAAAGUACUGGAAACUACUGAAUUAUGAGUAUCUUCAUAAUUUGAAUAUGGAGGAAUGCUUCAAACGACAUGUGCUGAACUUCCCUAGAGUGACCCAAUUCUUAUAUCAAAAUGGGGAUGGGUAUGGAAAGCCUGGUAAUGAUACUAAACAGCAAAUAAUGUCUGUGUUAAUUAAUCCAAUUCCAUUAUGAAUUGGAUGGUUGUCAUGUUUU